AUGAUCCUAAGAAUCAGAGAUCAUGUAGAAACACAGUUGUACCCUGUGCACAGAAACACCUUYUCCAUCUACAUCCUAAAUCUGGCUGCCACUGACUUCCUCUUCCUCUGCUACCACAUCAUUGGUUCCCUUCAGGCUGUCAUCAUCUUCAUUCAUCCCUCACUUUUUUUGUUUGUGAUUCUCUCAGGUUCCAACCUGGCCCUGCUAAUCUGUAUCCUUUGUGGAUCCCAACAGAUGCCGCUGACCAGGCUCUGUGUGAUCAUCUUGCUCAUAGUUCUGGUCUUCCUCCUCUGCAGCCUGCCCUUUUAUAAAAGCUGGUUCCUAUUUGUCUUGAUUCGGAAUUAUCCUGAUGCAUUUAUUUAUCUUUAUCUGGUUUCACUUGUUCUGUCCUCUGUUAACAGCUGCACCAACUUCAUCAUUCAUUCCUUCGUUGGCUCCUUUAGGCAGCAGCUGAAGGAGACCCUCGAGCUGUUUCAACAGAGGGCUCUGCAGGACACUCCCAAGGAGGACAAUUGUGGAGGCAUCCUUCCUCAGGGAACUCUGGAGAUGUCAGGCUGCAGAGCAGAGCAGUAA